GUCACUUCCGUGAGGGAGCCUAAUCGGGCGGGCACCUUGAAACUUAAGUUAAACACCCCCCCGACUGCGAGACCAAGCGAUUGUGAGUUUGGUUACCUCCUGAUUUAGCAUCACAAAGCUUGAGAGAAAAUCGACAAAAAAAGGAACAAAACUGUUAACCAAGAGCGAGUUGAAAGUGAGACAACCGUCAACCAUCAACCAUCAACCACCAAUCACCAACCGUCAACAUGGCACAAUCCGAGUCCUUCGUCAUCAAAACCCCCUGCUCAAGCGCCAACAUUGGCCCUGGCUUCGAUGUCAUCGGCCUAGCGCUGUCCAUGUACCUGGAGCUGCACGUCACCAUCGACCGGUCCAAGGCCAAGUCCGACCAACCGCUCAACUGCCGCAUCACGUAUGAGGGAGAGGGCGAGGGCACCGAUGAGAUUAGCCUCGACCCGCAAGUCAACCUCAUCACUCGCGUCGCCCUGUACGUGCUACGAUGCCACGGCCAACGGAGCUUCCCCGCCGAGACCCACGUCCACAUCAAGAACCCCAUCCCGCUGGGUCGGGGCCUGGGUUCGUCUGGGGCGGCCGUCGUGGCGGGGGUGAUUCUGGGGAAGGAGUGCGGUGGGCUGCAUGAUCUCACACCCGAGAGGUUGUUUGAUUUUUGUUUGAUGAUUGAACGCCACCCGGAUAAUGUUGGCGCUGCUCUCUUCGGCGGCUUUGUGGGCACUUACCUCAAGCCUCUCACACCCGAAGACGUGGCCCGCGUGGAGAUCCCUCUGAGCGAAGUGCUCCCCUCGCCAGCUGGCGGCGUCGACACUGGCGCGAAGCCACCCUCGCCGCCGCACGGCAUCGGCCACCACAUCAAGUUCCCCUGGGCCCCCGAGAUCAAGGCCGUCGCCAUCAUCCCCGAGUUUGAGGUCCCCACAGCCAAGGCGCGCGAGGUGCUCCCGUCGCAAUACCCCCGACCAGACGUGACGUUCAACCUGCAGCGAAUCGCGCUCCUGCCCGUAGCACUCGGCCAGUCGCCCCCGGACCCGGAGCUCAUCUACCUGGCGAUGCAGGACAAGCUGCACCAGCCGUACCGGCAGACGCUGAUCCCGGGGCUGACCGAGAUCGUCGAGUCCAUGACCCCCGGGACGCAGCCGGGCCUGCUGGGCGUGUGCCUGUCCGGCGCCGGGCCGACCAUCCUCGCGCUCGCGACCGGCAACUUUGCCGAGAUCGCCGACCGCAUCAUCGCCAAGUUUGGGGAGAACAAGAUCGUCUGUAAUUGGAAGCUGCUGGAGCCCGCCGAGGGGACGACUGUGACAAGGGCGUAGACGGGCGGUCGGUUGGUCGGUCGGUUGGACGUGGGAAAUAAAUAGAAAUACAAUUGUGAUACCCCGUUGCCGAGGUUUUGUUUCUGGUGUAGCUGUUUGUAAUGUUUGCUAUCAAACCAUCACCCACCCGUGAAGUGGUUUGUGUUGUUGUUGACAGCGGCAGGAACCCCUGAAUGCCAGGGGGGAUGGGUGCCCUGCAAACAGCCUGCAGCGGAGGCCUGCAUGGAUCGCCGCAACAACGUGGAAGCCAUGGCCGAUGUCCUCUUGCCCCGUGCCUUCACUGCGACCUCCCGUGGGUCUCGGCCAAGCACAGGACUUCCAGUGAGCUGACCCC